UGUAUCCACCCUUAUUGGAGAGAGUCCAGUGGAAGAGAGAGAGAGAGAGAGAGAGAGAGAGAAGGCUAGAAAAAAACGCGGAGCUGAGAAACAAAAACAAUACCAGUUCUCUCGUCUCCCUGUAAUCUCACUAAUUUUUUCUCUAUCCGCAAACCAUCACUUAUCCCUUCUGUCCGUUCCUCUCCGUCAUUUCUGUGUUUUAUUUGUUUAAGUAUAAAACAAAUUCGGAAAAGAAAAGACAUGCUCGGUUUUCACUCUUCAUCAUUUCAUCGCCCUGAAAUUUAUGGAUUUUUUUCAAUUCCCUGCAACUUUUGUCUAGAUCGAAUGGGGAAAGAAAGUAUAGGUUGAAACUGUGUAAAGCGUGAAACUGGACUGGGUUUUGCGUUUGCUCUGCUGGAUUCGCUGCUUAUCGAAUUGUGUGUUUCCAGGAUUGGGAGUUUGAUUGUUUAAUUCACAAAGAAAAGGCAAAAAAAAAAAAGAAGAAAAGAAAAUCAACGACAAGCGUAUAAGGAAUCGUUGAGUUGGCUCUAUUGUUGAGGAGCGACGUCUCAAGAAGCAAACAUGGAUAAUGGAGGGGGAUCGAUUUCAAUGGCGAAUUCGACUCCAACUAGGAAGGUGGCUGAUGAGGUUUCAGAUCAGUUCCCAGCUGGUCUUCGGGUUCUGGUGGUUGAUGAUGAUCCGACGUGCCUGAGAAUCCUGGAUAGGAUGCUUCGAAACUGCCUCUAUGAAGUUACCACCUGUGACCGAGCAGAGGUUGCAUUGUCUUUGCUUCGUGAGAGUAAAACUGGAUUUGACAUUGUUAUCAGCGAUGUCCACAUGCCUGAUAUGGACGGGUUUAAGCUCCUCGAGCACAUUGGGCUAGAGAUGGACCUUCCUGUUAUCAUGAUGUCUGCUGAUGAUGGAAAAGAUGUUGUAAUGAAGGGUGUCACGCAUGGUGCAUGUGAUUAUCUCAUUAAACCAGUUCGGAUUGAGGCAAUCAAGAACAUAUGGCAGCAUGUGGUCCGGAAGAGAAGGAAUGAGUUGAAGGAAUUGGAGCAAUCAGGGAGUGUGGAAGAUGGUGACCAGCUCCGGAAGCCAUCUGAAGAUGGGGAUUAUGCAUCCUCAGCAAAUGAAGGGAGUUGGAGAAAUUCAAAGAAGAGGAAGGAUGAGGAAGAAGAAGGGGAGGAGAGGGAUGAUACAUCCACAUUGAAGAAACCACGGGUGGUCUGGUCGGUCGAGUUGCAUCAACAGUUUGUUGCAGCUGUCAACCAAUUAGGCAUUGACAAGGCUGUUCCUAAGAAAAUUCUGGAGCUGAUGAAUGUUCCUGGACUCACUAGGGAGAAUGUUGCCAGCCACCUACAGAAAUAUCGGUUGUACCUUAGAAGGCUAAAUGGGGUAUCACAACAUCAGAGUGGACUAAAUACACCAUUCAUGGGCCCACAAGAUGCAAAUUUUGGGCCAAUGUCUUCUCUUGAUGGGCUUGAUCUCCAAGCUCUUGCUGUAUCAGGUCAACUUGCACCUCAGAGUCUAGCCACUCUACAGGCUGGGGGGUUUGGAAGAUCAACUGCAAAUACUGGCAUAAGCAUGCCUCUUGUUGAUCAGAGGAACAUUUUUAGCUCUGACACAUCAAAGUUGCAAUUUGGAGCAAUGCCACAAUCACAGAGCAGUGGUGGUAAACAAGUGAACUUACUAUAUGGACUCCCUACCAACAUGGAGCCAAAGCAGUUAACCCCUUUGCACCAAUCUGUCCAGUCAUUUGGUACCAUGGGUCUGCAUGCUAGUGAUGGAGCUUUGAGUUUUCCAGUAACAUCAUUGCGAACAAGCUCAACAGACCAUGUGGAUGGUGUCCAUAUUAAUCAGAGUAGCUCUUUAAUGAUGCAUAUAGCACCAUCUGGGACGAAGAGCCAGUUAUUAAAUGAUAUUUUAGGUAAUCGUACUUCUGGGCUUCAAACGGGGCAGAAAAUAUUCUCAAGUGAGGUUGCUGGUCAGGUCGUGGGAAGAAAUGGGAUUAUUCUUAAUGGUAGAGGUGCUACAUACAAUCCAGUUUCCCAAGCCUUUCCAAUGGCUGAUUUUCCGAUUAACCACAUUGUAGAACUGUCUGGAAAUGGUUUUCCUCUUGGGAGUAGCACUGCAUCUUCUACUCUGACAUCUACAGGGAUGUUUCAAGGGGGAAGCAUGGACAUAAAAGGACCAAGAGGCUUUCCCCCAAGUUAUGAUGUCUUAAAUGAGAUUCUCCAAGGCAAACCCCAUGACUGGAACCCACAAAAUAUGGGUAUUAUUUUUGAAACAUCUCAACCUAUCAACUCUAUACAGGGGAAAUUGGAUCUUGCGCCAUCAGUUUUGGGCAAUCAAGCCUUUGCUUCGAGCCAGAAAUUUGGAUCAAAUAGGACUACAUCUGUUAUUGGCAAGGCAAUGGUCUCCCAACGAGAGGAAAAUGAACAUGGGAAGAUAGAACAUAGUGUUCAGCACCCCAUCAAUAAUAACCCUCUUGUUAACAACGCCUUCAGGAUAAAGCAUGAAACCAUGCAUGAUUUUAGCAGUGAUAACUUGCUCCUUCCUCCGCAUUAUGUUCAUGAUGAUCUCAUGCGUACACUUUUAAAGCAGCAGCAAGAAGGCAUUGGAUCUCUUGAGAAUGAGUAUAACUUUGAUGGAUAUACCAUGGAUAAUGUUCCAGUUUAGUAGAGGACCCAACCUCUUCUAUGGUGGCAAUUUUCCAAUGUCUGAUCUGCAUGAUUCUUUUCAAAGAAAAAAAUUAUUAAUCUAUUUUCCAGGCAGAGGGAGGAGGAUUAAAGUCUAUACCCACUCCAGGAGCCUUGGGUCGCUCAAUUUCCUGUAAGUCAUGUCUUCCUGUUAUGGAUAAGCUGUUUUCUUGUACAGUUGUGAGUCCAAGCAAGCAAGAUUCUGAAUAAGGUGGCAAGAUCAAAAGCUUGUUUGGUAAAGAUCCAAUGCCAUGGUUGUCAAGGACAAACUGUUCGAUACAGCUGUAGGACAUGCGAAGGUGUACAUGAAAAGUUUUGACUGCUUUAGCAUAGGCUAGUUAGAACAUCUAAUUUUAGAGAAGGCUGUGAAGAUGUGUGACUGCAUUUUUGAUAGACCAUUCAAAGGUUAUAUUCAGAGACCUCUGCAGAAAUUCUCAUUGGAAAGGUGGUCUUUGUGACUCCAAUAACGCAAUCCAGUUUGUUCUCUAGGAAUUGACUUGUACAUAAAUCAUUUGAUUGUUUAAUAUAUAAAUGUCGGUUUUCUGUGUUCUCUAGGAACUGAUUUGUACAUCCCCUUUUCUGGCAUCUCCUUUCUGUUGUUAAAAUGACUUAAUUUGUGGAUUAUGGUUGGCAGGCAUUGAAUUAGAACUAUCAUCUGUUUAGAUCAUAGACCGCGGCCAGGUUCUGGACCUGUUUUAACGGCAUGGACCACAUGAUUACUGGUUUUCUUCUCUAUGAUGAUCAUUAUUAGUAUUGAA